ACCGUAGCGAACCCGGAAGUGCGCUUUGUUUUGGUAGACAGCAGCAGCUGGAGUCAGUGUGCUGUUUGGAGUCAGUGACAUGCUUCAUGCAGGAGUGUUCUUCAUUUCCAUUUAAAGCCUUUUAAAGCUUCUAAACUAUGGAAACCGCUAUAAUUAUUCCCAAAGAAGCGACGAAAUGGGAAAUUCGCCAGAAAGUGUGGGAUUACCUCGAGGAGAAAGAUCUGGCCAAGUUCCCCCGACCUGUGCACCACAGAAUCCCAAACUUCAAGUCCGCGACAGCAGCCUGUGACAGGCUUCCUGUUCUGCAGGUGUUUCAAUCCAGCAGCGUUGUUAAAGUGAACCCGGAUAAGCCACAGGAGCGAGCUCGCUUUCACACUCUGCAUGCCGGAAAAACACUGCUGGUCCCGACGCCUCGUCUACGGACAGGAUUGUUUAACAAAAUCAUUCCUCCACCAGGGGCCACCAAGGAGGAUCUUCGUGUAUGCUCUAUGUCCCAGGGUGUGAAGGAAUUCAGUGUCCCAGUGGGUUUAGAUGCAAGUGUUCACGUGGACCUGGUUGUGGUCGGAUCGGUUGCUGUAUCGGAGAAAGGUUACAGAAUUGGAAAAGGUGAAGGAUAUUCAGACAUGGAAUAUGCCAUGAUGGUCUCAAUGGGAGCUGUGAAUGAAUCCACAGUGGUUGUGACUGUUGUUCAUGACUGCCAGGUUGUGGACAUUCCAGAGGGACUAAUGGAAAGUCAUGAUCUCACCGUGGACUACAUCUUCACACCGAGCAGGAUCAUCAGGACUGAGUGUAAGAUUCCUAAACCAAAGGGCAUCAUGUGGUCAAAGUUCAUGCAAAUCAUAUCUUCAUGGAUCUGGAUUUGUGCAUGGGUGCAUUGUUGUCCUGGAACAGAUUUGGGUCUCCUUUCAUGCAGCCACAUCCAAAGACGUCCUACACGAUUAUGUGCCUCCAACUUUGUGCUUGACGCGGAAAUGCUGGGGAAAAUUCCCAUCCUGAAAAAACUGCGAGACUUGGAGCAGAAGGGUGGAAAGGACGUAACUUUAAAAAUGUCCCAGACUGCUAUUGUGAAGACCGAACAGAGGCAUAAACCCAAACCCAGUCCUGAUCCAAAACACGACCUGAGGCAUGAUCUUCCCACUCCAAGGCGAGAUCAUACACCUGCGUUUAUCGGCUCAGGUAAAGAAGCUGAACGUUCUCCGGCUCCUGUUAACACACUUUAUGUAGGCGGCCUCCCAGCUGGACUGCGUGUGAGUGAGUUGAAGGGUUUCCUGAAGGAUCGAGAUGCUGUACCAGUUCGGCUCACUUGGCAGGGGGCAGAGCACCGGGCGUUCCUCCAGUACAGUGACGAGCGAGCCUCGGAUCAGGCUCUGGACGCCCUGCAGGGGCUCUGCAUCAACGGCCAGACGCUGCACAUAGAGCGAGCCAAAGGGCAAAACAGCUUCCGUAAACCUGGUGCCACCAAAAGACAGAGUAAGAGUUAACUCGAGAAAACAUCAGAAAUCAGAUAACUUCAAAUUUUUUUUUACUAGCCUGGAAAAUCUCAUUGCCCACCGAAGAGGAGACCUGAUAGCCCUUUCGCUAUUCCGUAAAAAAACACAAAGACAUUGAUUUGGAGGAAGGUAAAAAGUUGAGCAUGUGUUUGUUACAGUUCGGCUCACUGGGAGCACGGGGUGCAACACAUUGCAGAAUGAUACUUUAAGCUAUAUGAGGUUGGUUCUGUAUCGAUAAAGUGAGAAAAUGUUUGGUGUUGGAAUAAUAAUAAUUUCUAGUUUUUAAAUAUAUUGGGUUCAUCUGCAGCAGGAUGACCUCACAGCCACAAGGUCUACAGCUUGAUCCUGAGCUCGGGAUACAGUCUGUGUUGAGUCCCACAUUUUCUCCUUCUGUUUUCUCAGGGUUCUCCAGUUUCCUCUAAUAAACAUGUAUGUACUGUGUAUGUACAGUAUGUGUGAGUGGUACUUUGUGAUCUUGUGUGUAUUCCUGCCUCACUCAUGGUCUGUAAUCCUUGAAUACAUACUGUAUUUAAAGACUUUCUAUGAGUAGUGUUUUUCUUAUCAUAUAUAAUUGUCAGGAUUUGGGGGAUCCUGCUAGGUUUCUGCUUUAUUUAGCUUUUUUCCCCUGUGUUUCCAUGUUUUCACCGCCAGAUGUCACCAUUGUGUCCCUAUUCCCUUAAUUAGAUACCUAUUGUUUCCACCUGAAUCCUUUUGUUAGCCCUGUGUCUAUAAAGUUCCCCUUUUGUCUCCGUUUCUGUGAAGUUUGGUUACCCCCCCCUUUUCCUGUGUAAGUCCUUGGUCCUGAGUUUGCUUUUUGCCUUUCUGUGUUUUGUAAGGACUUAUUUAUUUAUUUAUUUUUUGCUACAGCUCCAGAGAAAGACUUUGCAUGUUGUUUUUUGAGUUCUACGAAGACUUUUCCUUCUUGAAUUGUGGACUGAUUUUUGCUCUGUCAUCCUGUUGUACUUUUUGGGACCUGAUAUUGUGGGUUAGAUUAUUAUUAUUAUUUUUUGCCAUUUUCUAUUUUUGCGUUUUUGGACUUUCUUAUAAAUUUCCAGCUUCAGCUCCGACAAAAAAUGUUGGUGAAAUCUGAUUUGAGUACCAACAUGUUCCUAUUGUGUUUUUAUUAUGCCUUCAAAACAAGUCAUGUACUAAAUAAAAAAUCCAAAGCUGUU